AUGGGCAUAGGCAAUUCCUCCAGUUUCCUUGAUAUUUCACCUGUGCUUGUCACCUUGGCUGCCCUUCAACCAAUCUGGCUCUCAACCAUUCACAUUUCAUUCUCCCUUUUCCACUCAUUUUCUAUUGAUCUACAUUUAUUUCAUAUCAUUCCCCACUCUCAUUUCUUUCCAUUCAUAUUUUUACUUCUUCUCUUUCUCUUUACUGUCCCUCUUUCUCAUAUCAUUUUUUCUCUCAUUACUUCUCUAUGUUUAACUUGUUCAUUUCUUUAUUCUUACCUUCUUUUUUCUCCUUACUCUUUAAUAUAUUUUAAUUCUCUUAUAUGUUCUACAUUUAUCCUCUUCCUUUUUUUCUCUCUCUUCUCUUUUAAAUUUCUUUCUUAUCACCUCUCUUCCAUUUGUACUUUUAGCCUCCUUUUUUCCAUCAUUUCUGCUUUUAUCUACUCAUCUGUCUCUAUUUUAAAGUUAUAG